UAUGACGCUGCUUUUCAGUUUUCAAGUUCAGCCUUAUUAUUUAUUCUUUCUCUUUCUCCCACAUGCUCUGUCACUCUUUUCCCCCUCAAACCAAAAUCAGAAACUUUCUUUCUUCCUUCUAACCAUUAUAAUAAUCACUUCUCAAAUCUAUCUCUUUCAUUUCCUCAACAUUGGAUUCUCAGGCUCAGUUUUUCAGCUUCAAUUGGUGAGGUGAUGGGGAAAGGAAAAAGUCCUGGGAAGUGGAUCAAGAGCUUGUUCUCGGGGAAGAAAUCGUCGUCGAAGUCGUCUAGUUCGUCGAAGAAGAAUGAUAUUUUUAAAUCUUUGAGUAACAAGGAUAGUUUGGGGUCUUCUGAGUUAACUGUGUCUAAUCCAAUUCCAACUGUGGAUUCUUUGCUAAUAUCUCCGCCGAUAACUGGAACUAAUGUUGUCAAAGGAUUGUUUUCGGAAAAGGAAGUAGUUAAUCAGUCAUCAUCACAUGAGAGGGAUAUUGUGUCAAAUGGAGAGGAAGUGGCUCAGGUGGCACCGUCUGUAACUAAUUUUGCGUCUCAAGUUGAUCUUGAGACAGUCACGAUUACAGAUGCAGCUAUUAAACUUCAGGCUGCUUGUAGAGGCUAUCAGGCUCGCGGGGAAUUUCAAACACAAAAAGCUAUCACACAGCUGCAAGCUCUUAUUCGUGGUCACUUGGUUAGAAGACAUGCUGUUUCUGCUUUGUAUUGUGUGAAGAGAAUUGUUAAAUUCCAAGCAUUGGCUCGUGGUUACAAUGUUAGGCGUUCUGAUAUUGGGCUUGAAGUCCUGAAAAUUCGUAAGGAUACCCAAUGUUCACAAUCUAUUGGUGCAGCUACAUCCACAGAGGCAGAGAAGCUGCCCGAUAAUGUCUUUGUCCACAAGCUGCUGGCUUCAUCGUCCCAUGCUUUUCCUCUAUCUCUCAGUAGCGAUCUUGGAGAACCUUACUUGGCUGAAAACUGGCUUGACCGUUGGACUAGGUCACAGUUUUGGGCACCUCUUCCUAAAUUGAAGAAGAAACUUGAGUCAGCAUCUGUUGAAAAAAAUAUCAGUUCUGGAACAGUUGAAAAGGGACAAGGUAAAAGGAAUACUCGGAAAUCUCCUACUGUGAAAGCUAAUGAUGGUUCAAGUUCAGGUUCUAACAAGCAGAAACAAGGUCUAAAAAAGGAUUCAAAUCACUCAUUGGUUUCAGCUCUGGAACACGAAAACCCAAAGAAAGAACUUGAGAAAAGCAGUCUAAAAAAAUCUCGCAUGCAGAAUGUUUCAGAAAAAUCGGAGAUUGUUAGUGAGAAAAGAAAACACAGCUCUAGGACAAUUUCAGAUCAUACUGUUACUGAUGUUUUGGAGCAGGGGCCAAACUCCUCUUCUGAGAAAAUGAAAGUGAUAACAGUGCCAAAGUCUGAAGAGUCUUAUCCUGAGAAAAGUCUUGGAAAGAAAGCAUUAGAAGAGAAUAAUGAUAAGCCAAAGAAGAGCAUAAAUGGAAGUGCCAUAGACAAGAAAAGUCUUGGACAGAAAGCACCAGAAGAUAGUAAUGAUAAGCCAAAAAAGAGCUUAAAUGGUGAUGCGAAAGAAGAGAAAGGUCUUGGAAAGAAAGCACUAGAAGAUAACAAUGAUAAACCAAAAAAGAGCUUAAAUGGUGGUGCGAAAGAAGAAAAAGGUCUUGGACAUAAAGCACUAGAAGAUAAUAAUGAUGAGCCAAAAAAGAGCUUAGAUAGUGGUGUGAAAGAAGAGAAAGGUCUUGGACAGAAAGCACUAGAAGAGAAAGGUGAUAAUGAUCCUGCUGCUGUUUUACAGACUAGUGUGAAGAAUGUAGGAGAUGUUAAAAUAGGAGUUAGCGAAGACCUAAAUGGCGGUGACAAAAUUAUUAGCAACAAUAACCAAAGAAGAGCUUCACUACCUGCUAAUUUUAACGAUCAAGAAAAUGAGUUACAUAACACUCCAAGACUGCCGAGUUAUAUGGCUCCUACUGAAUCAGCAAAAGCUAGGCUAAGGGGACAAGGCUCCCCUAGAUUUGCUACUGAUUUUUUAGACAAAAACAGUUUAACCAGGAGGCAUUCACUUUCAUCCUCAUUUAACAGCAAGUCCGGUUCAUUUUCUCCGAGAGCAGAAAAGCUGGUAAGUUUGAGCAACAGAGGAGUUCCGAGGACGGAUAAAUCUCUGUCAUCUUCAAGGGAUGGAACUGAUAAGUUGACUCAACCUCAAUGGAGAAGGUGAUUUUAACUGAGAUACUUCAAGGAGGUACAAACUAAUAGAGCAAAAGAUACGAUGAAUUACAUUACAACCUUUUUCUUUAAUCAUCAUUGUCAUUAUUAUCUGUGCUUUGGUCAUAGUCUGAUAUCUACAGAAGAACACACGUUGUUAUCUGAUAUUAACUUUGUUUUAGUAGGGAAUACUUUUCUGAGUAUAUAUGUCUACGAAAUUAAGCUUUAGGUACGGGUUUUCUCUUUUUUCGAGUCAUUAUUGUUUCAAAGAGUGUCAUAUUUUGAGAAUUCUUUCAAGAUCGUAUUGUUAUUCGUUAAUCCUACUAGCCUUGGUGCAACGGGGAAGUAGCUGGCCAGCUACAUUAUGAUGAUAUGGUUUCAAAGUGUGUCAUAUUUUGAAUGCGACUUGAUUCACAUUCCUAUGA